AACAGACCGGUCUCGGUGUUGAUCCUUAAUCUGAAUGACUGCAGAUAUCUGGCUGCCUAUUUCGGCCCUUACUUUGUUAGAGCCACGUCAGGGAAGAACUAGAACCACGUGGUUGUGGGCAUACGCCGUGAAAACAGUCAGAAUGGAUGGAAUUAAAGAUAUCUGUCCUAUGAGAAGGUUGCAGAAUGUUGUAAGAAUGAUUCAAACACAGAUUGCCAAAGAGGGUCGAAGAUGCCUUGCAGGUCAGCUGACAUGCACUCCCCAAGAGUGAGCUUCGUCGAACUGCCUCGUCAUGGAUCUCUUUCCGCUGUAUCUGUCGUGUCACAUGCAGACUCCCCGGUAGUUGCUGAUCGGAGAUAAUACCAUCCCCGAGUCGGAUCUAUCCCAUUCCCUCCCAACCGGUGACUGCGGCUACACAAUGUGAUCCAUCGGCUGUUUCAGAUGAUGUCGACUACAAUGGGCUGUACCAGGGUCACCGCUGAUUCUUCCUAUGUGUGCCUCGAACUGACUCAUCGGGCGUUCUUUGUUUCUCACGUCAUUCGCUGUCAUCAUGACUGAUGCUUACCCAACAUCAUGGCCCAGGCACACCAUCGUCAGCCGAGUCAGCCUCAGGCUUCAACUUCGGGACAGCUUACGCUGCGAGAUAUGUAG